AGGUCCGAGAAGAUUGAAGAAUUCGACGAUGUAUUACCGUUGUUUGAUUCUCAAGAAGUUCAUGCUCUCGCUGUCGAUGAUAGUCUUGUUGAUCGCAAAGCAAUUGAACGAUUACUUAAAAUCACCUCCUGUAAAGUGACAGUGGUGGAUAGUGGGAGAAGAGCUCUUCAGUUUUUAGGGUUGGAUGAAGAAACGAGGUCCGUUGGUUUUGAUGGUUUGAAGGUGGAUCUAAUAAUCACAGAUUACUGUGUGCCUGGAAUGACUGGUUAUGAGUUGCUCAAGAAGAUCAAGGGAAAUACCAGUUGUGAUCAUGUCAUCCGAAAAAUGUUUUGGCAGGAAUUGACAGGCCUUGCUUGGAGUUCUAAAGAGCUUUGGAUAUUUGCAUCAUUGUCCUAUGAUGGGAGGAUGGCAGAGUACACAAACCAUAGUCUUAGUGAAAAAUAG